UUAUUUUUGUAGUGAAUUACGUAGUAGAAUUUUAAAAUAUAAAGGUUUUUGAUUUGGUUUUAAAUAUCUACUUCACAAUGAAACUAAAAAUGUUACUCUUUUUUACUCUGCUGGUCUUAAUUUCUAAUGUUUUAUGUGAAAAUAAAUACAGCAAGUCGGCUAAUGAGAAAAAGAAAAGUGAUGUAGACUUCAGGACUUUACAAAAGCCAUUUAGAAUGAAUAAACUGAACAUUUUAUGGACAAAAGCUCAACUGCGUCUAACAGAGCCAAAACUAAAGUCACUCUACAGUGAUUUAAUGAUUCAAGAUAAAGAAGAGAUCACAUAUAAGAGAGUUAAGAGUGAGGGCGGUGACAAAGAAGGCCUAAAGGAAGCGGAGUUACGGCGCAAACUCACUAAUAUCAUGAAUGUCUACGGACUGAGAGAACAUUUCGAUGACAAGCAUGUCGGAAGACAGAAAAUGGAUCUGGAGCACAAUUCAGCAAUGGAUGAGUACAUAAACCGUAGUCUAUUCAAAGACAAGAAGCUAAACAUGCUGUGGUCGAAAGCAGAGGCGUCAGGAUUCACACCAGAGGAGCUGGCGGCGUUGCGCGAAGAGUUCACGCACCACCAGGAGAAAAUCGACCAGUACUAUGACUUGCUCGGUAAUGUGGAGACCGAGGGACAUGAAGGUUUUAAAAAUGCCAUAAAUGAUGAAGAAAUGGUAAAUUUUAAUGAAGUGAAUUUGGAAACGAAUGAAGUAUUGAACAAGGAUUUUGUGGACAAGGCGAACUUGCUGCGAGAGAAGCACCGCGGCCUGCGCGACGGCUACGACCGUUUGCAGCGUAUCGCCGCUAGAGGUCCCAACAACAAGGAGUUCGUGGAGCCGAAGGUGCAGGGUUUGUGGCGCAUGGCCGCCGCCGCCAACUUCACUGUUGACGAGCUCGCUUCUAUAAAGGUGGAGCUGCAGCAUUACGAGUCGCGACUGCUGAAGCUGCGCCAUCUGCAGGCAGACCACGUAAGCAAUCUAGAGAAACAUCACUCAAAGGUGGCGGCGAGUGGUGACAAGAUGGACAUGUUCGCGGAGCAGCAGCAGCAGAUCAAGAAGCAUUCCAGAAAAGUGGAGAAGAUGCACGACGACCUCCACAAGAGGAUCUCACAGCGGCACACAGAGUUGUAGGCUUACAUACAACAUUAUAAGUUAAAGUAGGAAUUGUUUUAUUUACUUUCUAAGUGUACCCAGUGAUUUCCAAAGGCAUUUAUUUUUUAUAAAUUAUGUAAACUUUAGGAAUUAAUAAA